AUGGAGGGAACCCCUAUGUAUAAACCUUAUAUAUGUAAGCAAUGUGGGAAAGCUUUUACCACACAUAGAUAUUGUAAGGUUCAUGAAAGGAUUCACACUGGAGAGAAACCUUUUGUAUGUCAGCAAUGUGGGAAAGCUUUUAACACACGUGCACAUUGUAGGAUUCAUGAAAGAAUUCACACUGGAGAGAAACCCUAUGUAUGUAAGCAAUGUGGGAAAGCUUUUACCACACAUAGAUAUUGUGAGGUUCAUGAAAGGACUCACACUGGAGAGAAACCCUAUGUAUGUAAGCAAUGUGGGAAAGGUUUUAACACACGGGGAAAUUGUAAGAAGCAUGAAAGAAUUCACACUGGAGAGAAACCAUAUGUAUGUAAGGAAUGUGGGAAAGCUUUUAACACACGUGCACAUUGUAGGAUUCAUGAAAGAAUUCACACUGGAGAGAAACCCUAUGUAUGUAAGCAAUGUGGGAAAGGUUUUAACACACGGGGAAAUUGUGAGAAGCAUGAAAGAAUUCACACUGGAGAGAAACCCUAUGUAUGUAAGCAAUGUGGGAAAGCUUUUAUGACACAAGGAAAUUGUAAGGAACAUGAGAGAAUUCACACUGGCGAGAAACCUUAUGUAUGUAAGCAAUGUGGGAAAGCUUUUACCAAACACGGACAUUGUAAGGAACAUGAAAGAAUUCACACUGGAGAGAAACCAUAUGUAUGUCGGCAAUGUGGAAAAGGUUUCACCAUAUCUGGACAUUGUAAGCGACAUGAAAGAAUUCACAGUGCAGAGAAACCAUAUGUAUGUAAGCAAUGUGGGAAAGCUUUUAAAACACAGGGAGAUUGUAAGAAACAUGAAAGAAUUCACACUGGAGAGAAACCAUAUGUAUGUCAGCAAUGUGGGAAAGCUUUUAACACAUGGGCAGGUUGUAAAAAACAUGAAAGGCUUCAUACUGGAGAGAAACCCUAUGUAUGUAAGCAAUGUGGGAAAGCUUUUACCACACAUAGAUAUUGUAAGGAACAUGAAAGAAUUCACACUGGAGAGAGACCAUAUGUAUGUAAGCAAUGUGGGAAAGCUUUUACCACACAUAGAUGUUGUAAGAAACAUGAAAGAAUUCACACUGGAGAGAAAACGUAUAAAGCCUGUGUAUGUGAAGAAUGUGGGAAAGCUUUCAUCACACAUGGAUACUGUAAAAUACAUCAAUGACUUCACGCUGGUGAGAAACCCAAUGUAUAUAACAACGUGGCAAAGCUUUUACUGCAUACAGUCAUUGCAAAACACAUGAAAGAAUUCACUCUGGGAAGAACCACUGGCUAUGUAAGCAAAUGGAGACACUCUCAGCAGCCAGAUUGUAAGUGAAAUACAUGAAAAAACUCACACUAGAGAUAAAUCCUAUGUGUUAUGGGAAUACUCUCAGCACACAUGAUCAUUGUUACAUAUCUGAAAGAAC